ACACCACAUUCCAUUCCACGCUGAAAUGCUGGCGUUCGUGCGCGCGGCGUAUUUACGGGUUUUGGGGUCAAAAUGGUGAUCGAUAAGUUCAUAAGCAUACAGUUUAAAAUUUAUUGCGUUCCGUGAGAGUAUUUUUCUUAUAUAAAUUAAAAUUGAUUAUAGUAUAGAUGAAUUUAUCUGCAGCAUCCUUAAAUUUCAAAUUCAAUAUUGUAUAUCUAGAGUAAAUUUUCAAAAGGUCCUAUGCGACAAAAGUAAACAAACUGAGUUAUUUAUUGCAUGAAAUUCUGCAAGCCGAAAACUACACCUUCCGCUGAUCCAAUUUAUUAAAAGCCUUUUAUUUUUUCAGUUAUUGAUUAAAUACAAAACAACCUAAAACGAUUCUCAAUAAAUUCUACACCAAAUAAUUAUAGGUCGUUUUACCACGUGGGAGUCCUAUAUGCAUUAGGGUCAAGCGUGCACAUAGAACCUUAGCAAUUCAACUUAUGAUUCAUUUAUAUCAUUUUUCAAUUAUGAUGCAUAUACGCCCAUAUCAAAAUGACCAAGGUGCAUGAUUUUUAGUUAUUUUGUUAAGUCGUUUUUUAUGAAACUCUGAAACAAAAAUAUUUUGCAAUCUUCAUGUUUGUCCAGUCCUUGCGCAACGUGUAGUCAUCAGCUGAUCGAGAAUAUGAAAUGUUUCAAUGCUUGCAGUGCGAGAGAGAGAAACCGUUAGGAGAGAAAAUCGACCAAUCAGCGCUCUCGUCGUCAGCUGUCAGAUAGGUGCUGGCAAAACAUCCUAUGCGACAAUGUAAACAAUAUUUGGCAGAGUCGCAUAGGACUUUUCAAGUUUUGCAAAUUUGCAGUUGUUUCUAUUUGCUUUUUUGUUUUAAAAGUGCUUUAAUCUUAUUAUAAGCCGAAUACUUGUGUCCAGGUAAGUUUUUCCUAGAAAAUAAUGCGGUGACUGCGUUUUGGCAGCUGAUAAUUAAAUUUAAAAAAAGUGUUUCUUGCGUUUAAUUUCAUAUUUCAUUCCAGAUGUGUGGCGCCCGAGAUUGGACGGCAACGUGCGAAAGGACGCCGUCGGGACGAGGAUUCGCCGAAGGCCAUCCUGAACCGGCUGACCGGUCACGUUCCGUGCGCGGCCAACGGGUACGCCUCGCUGGCCAGCGUCGACUCCAUGAAGGACUUUGUGGCCCAGUCGCCCUCGCGAAGCUACAUCGUCGUGCUGGACAACGCCGACCGGGUGCGCGACAUGGACCACAACAUGCUGCCAAUGUUGCUGCGACUGAACGUGUGCGUGCUGCUCGUGUCGGAUUUGCCGUUUGAAAAGUACUUUGUCAGGACGGGGCUCGCGCCGGUAGUGAAGCUGUUUGUGGCCGAGUACAGCAAGAAGGACAUUUUGGUGAUUAUGAUGAACGAUUUCGAGGCGGUGCGGGAGCAAUUAAGGAUUGAGUUGGAGUCUUACAAGCAUGCCAACUUGUCGGAGGAGGAAAUUGAUAAGCAUCUGAAGAUUGUGGAGAUGCUGACGCCCGAUUUCUACGAAAACUACCUCAACAUCUUCUUGAACGUGUUUUUCAAGGUGUGUCGCGACUUGAAGGAGCUGCAGCUGGUUGCGCUCGAGUGCUUCCACAAGUACUGCGAACGGGUGCUGGACGGGACGACUGCCGCGGACGACGUGACCCGGCUUUGGCGGAAUAUUUCUAAAACCAUGAAACUUGCCCUCGGGACAAUCUUCAUGCGCAUGGAGAACGUCAACCAGGAGUUGCUACGUCCCAUCACCGUCGACGGCCAGACUUCUUCGGAAUCCGUCGAGAAGAUGCAAACGAUGAAGCGGCUGGCGCAAACCCUGGAACUGCCCUUCUACACCAAGUUCCUGCUGAUUGCGGCGUACCUCGCGAGUCACAACGCCGCCAAGGAGGACAAACGACUGUUUAUGAAAUAUCACGACAAGCAAAAGAAGCGCCUCCAGUCGGUCAACGCAAAGGCCGAGGUGUCGAAGAAGAUGGCCACCCAGCUGGGACCGAAGGCGUUCACCAUCGACCGGCUGUUGGUAAUUUUUUACGCCAUUCUGGACGAGAAGGUCGGCCUGACGUGCAACUUGUUGGCGCAAAUCUUAACGCUAAUUCAUCUCAAGUUCCUGAACUUUGCCUCCAGCGAGGGAACCAUCAUGGACGGCAGCACGCGACUUCAGUGCACCGUAGGAAUGGACUUUAUCGUGCACAUCGGCUAGAUGGUCGGCUUCAACGUGAGACAAUACCUGUGCGAUUUCUUCUAA